UCGUAUUCAAAAUAAUGUUUUGCAGGUGCUGAAAGUCACACAGCUGAAUACAUUGCUAAAAUUGUAUUGAAGGUCAUUGAUGAAAUUGGCUCCCAAAAAGUUCUUGCUGUGUGCACGGAUAAUGCCAGCAACAUGAAGAAAGCGUGGGAGAUCAUCUCAGAAACUUACCCACACAUUCAGGCAUAUGGAUGUCUAGCUCAUUGCUUAAACUUGGUCUUCAAUGACAUCAUGAAAGUUAAAUCCCUCUCAAAGCUAUCAGCUGAGAGUGUUGCUGUUUUAAAAGAAAUAAAAAACUCACACAAGCUCACUGCAAUGCUGAAAGCUGAGCAUCUGAAAUCGCGAAAUGAUCCUCAAGCUGAACCUGAAAUUACUCCAACCAUGAAGACUCUAAAACUUUCAGUGAAAACAAGAUGGGGCUCAACCGUCAAUUGCCUGGAGAGCCUCCAAUCAAACAAACACUCUCUGCAGGCAUUGACAAUCAAUGCAGAGAGUAAAAGCAGCAUUGAAAGCAACACAAAGAAGACUAUCCUGUCAGAAGUGUUUUGGGACAAAGUUGAAGGAAGUUUAGCACUACUGAAACCUCUGGCUGAUGCAAUCAAGAAUGUGGAGGGAGACAACGUUCCAUUAUCAAUAGUAAUGGAAACAUUCUCUAAGCUAGAGAAUGAAAUUGUCAAAAAGGUGGGAAAGUCUCCUGUAUUGAAAAGUGAAGAGGAUACAGUAAGAGGCAUAAUCAAGAAAAGGAAAGAAUUUGCCACAAAGAAAAUUCACUUUGCAGCAAACCUCCUGGACCCAAACCAUAGAGGAUGUCAUUUGAAUGAUGAGGAAGUUGUUGAUGCAUUCCAAGUCUUAGAUGAAAUUGCAACUAGCAUGCCAUGUGUUAAUGGUGGCAAACUUUUUAGAGAGAUUGCAGACUACCGAUCAAAACAGAAACUAUUUCAUAAGCCAUACAUCUGGAAUGCUGUGAAACACACCACACCAUCGACUUGGUGGUCUGGCUUGUGUGGCUCCACUGAACUAUCAAAAAUCGCCAAACUGCGCGCUACAGUGCGUGGUUCAGGUGGCUAUGAGCGACGAGCGUGCAUGAUUAGGUGCUCAAAUGUAGCUCUCACAGCCAGGAACUGCGUGCAACAGCACGUGGUUCAUGUGGCUGCAGGGGUGUAUGCUUAG